UUAUUUCCAAACCCUAAAUCUAAUCUAGGGUUACUCUCUCGCUUUACAUACCUUGAAUCGAUCUGAGUGAAGAUGAGAAAUAUGGUGAAGGGAGGUGUGUGGAAGAACACAGAAGAUGAGAUCCUCAAGGCCUCCAUGAUGAAAUACGGUAAGAACCAAUGGGGUCGCAUCUCCUCUCUUAGCGUUCGCAAGUCAUCCAAACAGUGUAAGGCUCGCUGGAACGAGUGGCUCGAUCCUUCCAUCAAGAAAACCGAAUGGACCAGAGAAGAAGACGAGAAGCUUUUACAUCUUGCAAAGAUUCUGCCUACUCAGUGGAGAACAAUCGCUCCUGCCGUGGGACGCACGGCUUCUCAGUGCCUUGAGAGGUACGAAAAGCUUCUUGAUGCAGCGUGCGGUUAUGAAGCAGCGGGUGAUCUGAGGAAACUAGGUCCUGGUGAGAUUGAUCCUAAUCAAGAAUCAAAGCCUGCUCGUCCUGAUCCGGUGGAGAUGGACGGUGAUGAGAUGGAGAUGAUUUCUGAAGCUAGGGCAAGAUUGGCUAACACUAGGGGAAAGAAGGCUAAAAGAAAAGCUAGAGAAAAUCAGAUUCAGGAGGCUACAAGGCUUGCUUCUCUGCAAAAGAGGAGGGAACUCAACGCAGCUGGGAUUGAUGUUGGGAAGCGUAGGAACAAAAAGGGAAAGGGGAUUGACUAUAACACAGAGAUUCCUUUUGAAAAGAGGGCACCUGAAGGAUUUUAUGACACUGCGUGUGAAUGAAGAAAGCAAGAUGUGGAAGCACAGUUAGUGAACAAGAAUGUUGUUGUUUCUGAUGUUUACUUUGAAUUGAUAUGAAUGUGUUUUUGUGUAUACAGUUUCAGUUUCUGGAUUGGUUGAUAUUUCCUUUUUAUCUUUACAUAAAUCCUGAAGGUGUUUUGCUCGAUUUUCUCAGACUUGGUG